AUGGAAAACAACCUAUUAAGGAUUUUGAAUAAUCAGUCCUUAGAUGAGAACACUGAUCAGCUUUGUGAUUUCACAAUUGAGGAACAGAAUCAGUUUUCAGAAUCUCAAGGAAUAAAACCAAGUGUUUCCACAGAUUAUAUUCCCGUUUUAGGAAAGUCAGUGACCUACAUAGUUGCAGUAGUAAUUUUUAAUGAAAAAAACGAACUAUUAUUGAUUCAAGAAGCCAAGAAAAGUUGCGCAGGAAAAUGGUAUCUGCCAGCUGGAAGAAUGGAGAACAAGGAAAAUAUUGUGGAAGCAGCUGAACGAGAGGUUCUUGAGGAAACUGGAUUAUAUGUAAAAAUAUCGACUUUACUUGCAGUUGAAUCCGCUUGCGGAUCAUGGUUUAGGUUUGUUUUAACUGGCAAUGUAACAGGUGGUAAACUUAAAAGUCCAAGUGAAGCAGACACAGAAUCAUUACAAGCCAAAUGGAUUGAUAACCUCAAUGAAGUGACCCUAAGAAGUCAAGACGUUUUAAAUAUUAUCGAGUUGGGAAGAAACUACCAUAAUAGAUCAUCAGAUUCCACAUGGCAUAAUUUAAUUUUACCUGGCAUCAAAUCACACAAAAAGAAUUACCUUCGUCUUGUUAUUGCUGUUCGUAAACGUUCAAGUCCAAAUCGUGUUAAUAUACUUGUCAGUGAAAAAAACGAGAGACAUUUUCCUACUACUGAAAUUCACCCUGGAAAAAGUUUACAUUCUACUUUAAGAAAAUUUAUGGUUGAAUUAUUUGGUUCCGAAGUUCCACAACAUCGACUUGUUGGCUUGUUAUCUGUGGAACAUGACGCUUCAGUUUUACAUAACGAUGGAAUUUGUCUCACUUUACUUGUUGUUUUCAAGCCAACAAUCGAGGAAGUUACAUUUAUUGGAAAAUGCUCCUGGUUUGAACUAAGUCAAGAUGUCAGCGACAAGCUGUCAUUAAUAGUUGUAUCGAAGCAUUCGACAUUUCCACUACAUGUUAUUCGAUAA